AUGUCUGAGGAUAACAUUGAAAGCAACACCGCCCAGUACAACCCAAGAUUCCCCAACAUGAAUCAGACCAAGCACUGCUGGGCAAGCUAUGUUGACUACCACGGAUGCGUGGCUCACUACGGUGGUGAGGAGUCAAAGUGCCAGUCUUUCUUCCAAGCCAUGACCUCACUCUGCCCAAGCAAGUGGGUCUCUGAAUGGGACGAGCAGAAGGAUGCUAAGAUCUUCCCAUCAAGCAGAUUCUAA